AUGGUGAAUGUUCCCAAAACCCGCCGGACUUUCUGUAAGAAGUGUGGCAAGCGCCAACCUCACAAAGUGAUACAGUGCAAGAACAGAGUGGCUAUGGUGCAUGCCCAGGGAAAGUGGUGUUAUGACAGGAAGCAGAGUGGCUAUGGUGGGCAGACUAAGCCGAUUUUCUGGAAAAAGGCUAAAACUACAAAGAAGAUUGUGCUAAGGCUUGAGUGUGUUGAGCCUAACUGCAGAUCUAAGAGAACACUGGCUAUUAAAAGAUGCAAGCAUUUUGAACUGGGAGGAGAUAAGAGAAAGGGCCAAGUGAUCCAGUUCUAA